AUGGCUACUCAACAGGAUAAGUCCUUCAUGGGCAUGCCCGGCUUCGUGGUCGACUUCAUGAUGGGUGGUGUCUCCGCCGCCGUCUCGAAGACCGCUGCGGCCCCCAUCGAGCGUAUCAAGCUCCUCAUCCAGAACCAGGAUGAGAUGUUGAAAACCGGCCGUCUCGACCGCAAAUACAAUGGUAUCGUCGACUGCUUCAGCAGAACCGCAAAGAACGAGGGCGUCGUCUCCCUGUGGAGAGGAAACACUGCCAACGUCAUCCGUUAUUUCCCUACCCAGGCCCUCAACUUUGCUUUCCGUGAUACCUACAAGGCCAUGUUCAACUUCAAGAAAGACAAGGAUGGAUAUGCCAAAUGGAUGGCUGGUAACUUGGCUUCCGGUGGUCUUGCUGGUGCCACCUCCCUUCUCUUCGUCUACUCCCUCGACUAUGCCCGUACCCGUCUUGCCAACGAUGCCAAGAGCUCCAAGGGCACUGGCGAGCGUCAAUUCAACGGCCUGAUCGAUGUCUACAAGAAGACCCUCAAGUCUGAUGGUAUCGCUGGUCUCUAUCGUGGUUUCGGUCCCUCCGUCCUUGGAAUUGUCGUCUAUCGUGGUCUCUACUUCGGCAUGUACGACUCCAUCAAGCCUGUCCUCCUCGUUGGUCCUCUUGAGGGCAGCUUCAUCGCCUCCUUCAUGCUCGGCUGGGGUGUCACCACUGGUGCUGGUAUUGCUUCUUAUCCUCUUGACACUAUCCGUCGUCGUAUGAUGAUGACGUCUGGUGAGGCCGUUAAGUACUCCUCGUCCUUGGAUGCUGCCCGACAGAUCGCCGCCAAGGAAGGUGUCCGAUCCUUCUUCAAGGGUGCUGGUGCUAACAUCCUCCGUGGUGUCGCCGGUGCUGGUGUGCUCUCCAUCUACGACCAAGUCCAGCUCCUCCUCUUCGGCAAGGCCUUCAAAUAA